AUGCGCUUGUUCCCUAUGGCUGUUCCCGUUGGUUUUGCCACCUGUGGCAAUUUUCUGAAAUCCUUCUGGUGGGCUUGUGCUCCCCUCUUUCCUCGGUGCUUUUUUCCCCGAGUUGUCAAUGAUGUUCUGAAAAGCCUCUGUGCUUGUUUUGUUGUGUGUAGGCGACUGCCGGCGCCGUCUCUGGGCUGUGGGGUGUUCUCAGCCCUGACGGACGCGUGCGCUCUUCUCCCUCUUUCUCAGGAGCUCUUUGCAGAGUUUGGGACCUUGAAGAAGGCAGCUGUGCACUAUGACAGAUCUGGCCGCAGCCUAGGGACGGCGGACGUGCAUUUUGAAAGGAAGGCAGACGCUCUGAAAGCGAUGAAGCAGUACAAUGGCGUCCCCUUGGACGGGCGCCCCAUGAACAUCCAGCUGGUCACAUCACAGAUCGACACACAGAGGAGACCAGCACAGAGUGUAAACAGAGGUGGCAUGACCAGAAGCCGCGGUGGUUCAGGAGGAUUUGGUGGUGGAGGAGGCAACAGGCGAGGUACUCGUGGUGGGAACAGAGGGAGAGGCAGAGGAGCUGGAAGAACUUCCAAACAGCAACUCUCCGCAGAAGAACUAGAUGCACAGCUGGAUGCUUACAAUGCCAGGAUGGACACCAGCUAAAGCGGCGGCGGGCGCAGGGAAGGACUGGGAUCUGGCUCCCGGGUCCCCCCC